UUCUCCCACCAGCCCAGCCAGGCUGGGUGAGGCAUUUUCCUCCCGUAUCAAAAUGGCCACAGCUGUGCACAAGUCUAUCAAAUGCCUGGGCGAGGAUUUCUACCGAGAAGCCAUCGAGCACUGCCGUAGUUAUAACGCCCGCCUGUGCGCCGAGCGCAGCAUGCGCCUGCCGUUCCUGGACUCGCAGACAGGGGUCGCUCAGAACAACUGCUACAUCUGGAUGGAGAAGACCCACCGGGGCCCAGGCCUGGCACCUGGUCAGAUCUACACCUACCCGGCUCGCUGCUGGCGGAAGAGGCGGCGGUUGAACAUCCUGGAGGACCCCCGGCUGCGGCCCUGUGAGUUCAAGAUUGAUUGUGAGCCCCCCCUGAAGAAGGAGGCCUCUCUCCCAGAAGGCCCCGUCCUGGAGGCCCUGCUCUGCGCGGAGACGGGAGAUAAGAAGCCGGAGCUGAAGGAGGAAGAGCUGACCUUAGACUGCCCGAAGGCUCCUCUUGGCGAAUUCCUGCAUGAUUUGGACCCGGAAGACUUGGAGGAAGACGCCCCCCGGCGGAAGAACAAGGCCAAGAGCAAGGCCUAUGGGAUCGGAGGGCUGAGGAAGAGGCCGGAGGUGGCCCUGAUGGAGGACCGGGACAAGCCCUACGUGUGUGACAUCUGUGGGAAACGCUACAAGAACCGCCCGGGACUCAGCUACCACUACACACAUACCCACCUGGCGGAAGAGGAAGGCGAGGAGGGCCCGGAGCGGCACACCCUGCCCUUCCAUCGCAAGAACAACCACAAACAGUUUUACAAAGAACUGAACUGGGUCCCAGAGAACCAGCGCAGGCACACAGCUAAGAAAGCUCCGGACGGGACAGUCAUACCAAAUGGUUAUUGUGAUUUCUGUCUAGGCGGCUCCAAGAAGACCGGCUGCCCCGAGGACUUAAUCUCCUGCGCUGAUUGCGGACGCUCAGGGCACCCGUCGUGCCUGCAGUUCACGGUGAACAUGACGGCCGCUGUGCGGACCUAUCGCUGGCAGUGCAUCGAGUGCAAAAGCUGCAGCCUCUGUGGCACUUCAGAAAAUGACGACCAGUUACUCUUCUGCGAUGACUGUGACCGUGGCUACCAUAUGUACUGCCUGAGCCCACCGAUGGCCGAACCCCCUGAAGGGAGCUGGAGCUGCCACCUGUGCCUGCGGCAGCUGAAAGAGAAGGCCUCUGCCUACAUCACCCUGACCUAGGCUGCAGCCUCGCCCCCCCGCCAGCCUCAAGCCCCCCCCCCGGAGGGGGGCUGGAAUUGUACUGCAGGCCAUGCCCAGGAGCGGUGCCGGGCCCCCACCCAGGAUUAAGAGGAGCAUCGAGGUCUGGCACCCAGAAUUUGGGCGGGGCCCCUGCAGCGGGGAUUGACAUUUGCUGCCUCCUGGCCCCCACCUAGGCCACCCCAGUGGGGCCAGUCCACACAAAGCC